CGAACUCGAACCACUGACAUCGAAGCUGCUGCAAACCCCAAACAUUUAGUUGUGCUGGUUUGGGGGUACGCCAAAUGGAUGCCAAGGAUGCGCAGGCACAAAUGUUGCAGAUGACGCAGUUCAUUCUGAACGAGGCCAGAGACAAAGCACAGGAUAUUGAAACAAAGGCGCUGCAAGAUGAAAGCAUCGAACGGUUGAAAAUUGUGAACUCAAUGAAGGAAAAAAUUCAGCAGGAUUAUGCAAGGAAAACCAAACAAAUUGAGACCCAGGCAGCCAUCGAGAGAUCUACCGCCAUCAACAGGUCGAGACUGGAAAAAAUCAAAAGCCGACAGGAGAUGUUGGGACAGCUGCAGGAAGCCUCACAGAAGGAGUUGGCCAAGCGGCUUGAAGACAAGGCCAAACAAAAGCAGUUCAUAACCCAGCUCAUUGUGCAGGGUUUGCUGAUGCUUUUGGAGGACAGCGUAGAGGUUCGAUGUCGCAAAUGCGAUGAGGCACUGGUGGCAGAAUGCAUUGGUGAUGCUGUGAAGGAAUACAGUAAGGUCAUCAAGGACUCCACUGGUGCAUCUAAGAACUGCAAGGUGACAGUGGAUCAGAAAGUUCAGUUGCCCCCAGCGCCAAGUGGCGAUGCUUCGACGCCUUCCUGCUUGGGUGGUGUAGUUUUGGCUUGCCAGAAGGGCGCCAUUACCAUUGACAACACCGUGGAUUCCCGCUUGCAGCUGGUCAUGGAACAGGCAAAGCCAACGAUUAGAAAGUUGCUGUUCAAUUGAGGUCUAGAUAGUUUCUUACUGGCGGUGAUUCUCUGAGGGGUAACCGAAAGGAAGUGGCCCCAGUUGAGAUGAUUGCUUUCGGGUGAG